AGCUGACUGGAGCGAAAUAGGAAAUUGAACCGUAAACACUUUAACUGUAUAGACAACUAAAUCAGAAGAGGCAGCUAUAUUGAACAUUCUUUUAAAGCAGAUAUACCAAGGCGUCCAGGUUUUAACGAAAGGUUACAUUUUAAUAAAGAUUAUAUUUUAAAAUCUAGAAUUAAAGGUGUUUGAAAGUGUCAAGUAAAUAACAAAAUGAAAUCGACAGCAUUGAAUGUUUGCAAGUGGCUGAUGUUUACCUUCAACCUUAUAAUUACUAUUUGCGGAGCUGUUUUGCUUGCUUUUGGUAUAUGGGCGUAUGCAAACGGAAACAGUUUCCGAAAGCUUGUUUCCGCUAAUCUUUAUCUUUCCAAUUCCAUGGCACUUAUGAUGGCGGUUGGUUCGAUAUUAAUAAUAGCUGGACUCUUCGGCUGUAUUGGGUCACUUAUGGAAAACAGAUGCAUGCUGGGGACGUUUUUCACUAUCGUCUUGAUUUUGUUUGUCAUCGAAGUAGUUUCCAUCAUACUACUGUUCGUGUAUUGGCCCAAAGCAGAAACACUGGCAUUGAACAGCAUUCAUCAUUACGAUACAGACAAGAAAAUACCAUGGGACUAUUUACAAAGAUCGAUGAAAUGUUGCGGUUACACCAGUUAUACAGACUGGGGUUCAGAAAUUCCUUCAAGUUGUUGCUUCCACAAUCAGACAUGUACAGUCGGGUCCAAAGACCUGUAUGUAAAAGGGUGCAGAUCAUCUAUUCAGCAUUACAUAUUCAUUAUUGCAAUUUUUGGUGUCGGUGCUCUCUUGUUUGAGCUGUUGGCUAUCGUCUUUACCUGUGUUCUGUAUCAAUCUAUUGGAGAUUAUCAGCCAAUGGCGUGAAGCUGUUGAUUAUCAGCCAAUGGCGUGAAGCUGUUUUGUUGUCUGAACUUCGUUUGUAAAUAUUUAAUUGUAAAGAAAAAUAAUCAGUUAUUUGACAAUUUUAAAAGUUGGUUAUCUGGAACAAAAUCAACAAUAUUUUGUUUCUGAAUCACUUUUUUAUCCUUGCUCUUAAAGCAAAAUAUACUUUACAAAUGAAUCCCUAAUGAGCCUAUAACGCCUAUGCUUUUCACUGUAUAUGUAAAUUAUGCCUGUUUCUACUAUACGAGGUCUUUAAUUUUAUCUAGUUGUCGCUCUUACUUUUACCGUGUGUUAAUUAAUUUAAAAAGUGUUUCAUUUCCGGCACUUUUAGGCGACGCUGUGCUAAAGUGGUUAACGCAAUUGCCUGUUCCCCCAACGUACUGGUUUGAGGCUUGAUGCUGCUGAUACCAUUUUGCGUGUAAGUGUCUUUGGGCAAGACACUUGACGGCAAUUGCAAAAUUACAUACUUCGUCGUAACUUGUUAGCGUACAUGAAGUGUAUAAAACAGAACAGAAAAACAGAAGAAAUUCCGUGUUAUAAUAACUGUCGUUUCCUGUGCCUAACGAGAUAAAAGUCGGAUUUAUUCAAUAACAAAUGUACGAAGCUUGAGGCUGCUAUGAUUAAUGUUUU